GACGCUGGUCUGUUGACAAAUAUCGGGGGAGGGACCACUGCGGCUCUGGCUGUGGGCGCGAGUGAAGGCGGUCUCGUCGUCCAAGACUGUCGGCAGCAAUGAAGAGCCAACAGAAAAGCCCUGAACCAGAUGGGGGUGUAACCGUCAACGAGGAAGGGUCCGUAGCCACAGCAGAGGACCCGGCAGCUAUUGCCACCAUUCAGUCUGCCGCCACCUUCACCGACCAACCCAUCAAAUAUCUCUUCAAGACAGAAGGAGCAGGCGGACAGGUGACUUACAGAGUGAUCCAGGUGUCCGAUGGCCAGUUGGAGGGUCAAACAGACGGAGCUGCAGCCGUCAGCCUGGUCACUGGUUUCCCAGCAUCCACUCAGGCUGUCACACAGGCUGUGUUCUCCCAGCCCGAGGGACUGGAGGGAGACGGCAGCUCGGAGACGCAGUACACAUACUACCCUGCCACCAUCGCAGACGCCACCACGGGAACCAUGGUAACCACAGUGCAGGCCUCCGACACUCUGCUGGGUCAGACCACACCCACAGGGCAGCUUUACGUGAUGAUGUCACCCCAGGAAGUUCUGACGGGUUCCAAUCAAAGGACGCUCGCACCGCGCACUCAGCCAUACAUAGCAAAGCAAGAAGCUCCCCGGGGUUCCAGAGAUGAUAAGCGGCGAGCUCAGCACAACGAAGUUGAGCGCCGGCGCAGGGACAAGAUUAACAACUGGAUAGUGCAGCUGUCAAAGGCCAUCCCAGACUGUAACAUUGACUACACCAAGACAGGACAGAGUAAAGGAGGAAUCUUGUCCAAAGCCUGUGAUUACAUCAAGGAGCUCCGACAGAGUAACCUGAAGCUGGGGGAGGAUAUCAGCACCCUGGACCGCCUCAGGAUGGACAACCAGCUACUCAGACAGGAGGUGGAGGACUGGAAAUCCAAGAAUCAGAUCCUGAGGAACCUCCUACGACAGCACGGCAUUGUGGGAUCAUCCAGCACAGACCCCCAGUGAGAACCCUGAUGCCCCGGGGUAUUUGAAGACAACCGCGUAUGGGCCAAAAGAGUACUUGAAAUGCUUUGAGAUACUUUAUUUGUGAUCGAGAGUGCAUGAAAACAAUUGAAUAUGGUCAUUGGUAUUCCAAUCCAGCAUCUUUGCAUAAUGAAAUCUUUGAAUAUUAUCGUCAAAGCUUUUUACAACAUUGAAAUGUAAAGAAUGUCAUUGAAAGUCAUCAGUCAAACAAAGCCCUUGUAGAAUGCCUUCCUCCACAAACAUUAUGAUUGUUCAUUAACCUCCAGUACAGUAAGCUCCAAAACAUGACCAGCUACUCAUGUCACUUUUUUUUAACCUCUGCAGUACCGUGCUUCUCUGCAUCAAAUGCACUCAUGUUAAUGUCUCAUUGUAUCCAUGCUUUGACUUGUUUUGAUCUAAUCAAUAUCACUAAGACCAGAUGAUACCAACUUCAUAGUUCAGCUCUUUGCUUUGUAUUUUUGUACGUUUCAUAAAACCUUACUGGGGACAAUAAUUUAAUUGCUACCAUUUAACCUAAUAAAGUAACAGAGGUUGGUUAGCUUUUCAUUGUAGGUAGGCUAUGUAUGUCUUUAUAAUAAAAGGAAAAAGCAAAUAAUAUACUGUACGUACAUAAGCCACUGUUUAUUAAAGGCGGUAAAUUGGUUAUAAUAUGA